GGGAGUUGGGACCCGGCGCUUGCCAGUGGAUCACGCCGCCAGCCGCGCUCCGCAGCAGCUCGCCUCCCUCGCUUGACCUCCCUCGCUGGGCAUCUCCUCUUCCCAUCCCGAGGCGACCUUUGGCGACGCGGCCCGAAACUUGCCACCCCAUGUGGACCAAGGCACUUUUGCCCCUGGGGCUCCUCCUGCAUGGCAUCCUGGCCGCCUCUUUGGCAGCAGGCAAGGGGAAAAGAAAUGCUCUUCAUGACUACAGAAAAACAGCUGACAUGAUGUUACUGAGGAUGGACAAAAUACUGAAAGUGAAGACCAAGCUGCUAAACACCACUGAACAGUGUGCCAAGCGAUGUAGCAGAGGUAGAGGACUUUCAUUCACUUGCAAGGCUUUUGCAUUUGAUAAAGUGGUCAAACGCUGCCAUUGGCUAUCCUUCACGAGCCUAGAAAAUGGAGUGCGGAGCAAACAAGACAACACUUUUGAUCUCUAUGAAAACAAAGACUAUGUUAGAAAUUGUAUCAUUGGUAAAGGAGCAGCUUACAAAGGAACUAUAUCAGUCACAAAGAGUGGCGUCCGGUGUCAGGCGUGGAAUUCUACAAUACCUCAUGAACACAGCUUUUUGCCUUCGAGCUAUCGAGGUAAAGAUCUUCGAGAAAAUUACUGCCGGAACCCCCGAGGGGAAGAAGGGGGGCCCUGGUGUUUCACAAGCAACCCAAAGAUCCGUCAUGAAGUUUGUGAUGUUCCUCUCUGUUCAGAAGUUGAAUGCAUGACAUGCAAUGGGGAAAGCUACAGAGGUCCCAUGGACCGCACGGAGACUGGCAAGGAAUGUCAGCGUUGGGAUCUUCAGAGACCGCAUAGGCACUCCCAUCGUCCAGAGAGACAUCCUGACAAAGGCCUUGAUGAUAAUUACUGCCGCAAUCCAGAUCAUAAGCCGAGGCCCUGGUGCUACACUCUUGACCCCAACACCAUCUGGGAGUUUUGUGCAAUUAAACGGUGUGCUCAGAAUGUGGUACCCAAUGUGACAGCAGCGGUAGAAACAACUGAGUGCUUCGAAGGUCAAGGGGAGGGCUACCGUGGAACUGUGAACACCAUAUGGAAUAGGAUUGAGUGCCAGCGCUGGGACUCCCAGUCUCCUCAUCAACACCAGUUCACACCUGAGAACUAUAAAUGCAAGGACCUAAGAGAGAACUACUGCCGAAAUCCAGAUGGAGCAGAGGCACCCUGGUGUUUUACUACCAGCCCAAACACUCGCAUUGGGUACUGUUACCAGAUACCAAAAUGUGAUCUGCCGGGUAGGCAAGAUUGCUAUCGAGGGAAUGGGACCAAUUACAUGGGGAAUCUGGCCCAGACAAGAUUUGGCUUAACUUGUUCGAUGUGGGAUGAAAACAUUCAGGAUUUAAUGAGGCAUCUGCCGAUAUAUAGAGAGCCAGAUGUCAGCAAGCUCAAAAGAAAUUACUGCCGCAAUCCGGAUGACGAUGCCCAUGGUCCAUGGUGCUACACAAAUGACCCUCACAUUCCCUGGGACUACUGCUCUCUAUCGAGAUGUGAAGGUGAUGGGGUUCCUUUGAUGCGCAGCUCAGACUUGCCUGUCAUUCCUUGUGCCUCGACAAAACAACUGAGAGUUGUUAAUGGGACCCCAACUCAACCUGACAAAGGAUGGAUGGUUAGUUUAACAUACAGAAGCAGACAUAUCUGUGGAGGUUCAUUAAUAAAGGAGGACUGGGUCUUGACAGCAAGGCAGUGUUUUCCUUCUCGGUUCAAUUUGAAAGACUAUCAAGCCUGGCUUGGAAUACAUAAUGUGGAAAGAGCACUUGAAGAAAAACACAGACAAGUCCUGAACAUAUCCCAGCUGGUAUAUGGCCCUGAAGGUUCAGACUUAGUAUUGCUGAAACUUUCCAGACCAGCAGUCAGCAGUGAGGCAGUGGGGAUCAUCAGAUUGUCUGUUUCUGGAUGUACCAUUCCAGAAGGGACCACUUGUAGUGUGUAUGGAUGGGGACACACGGGAGACACCUUCUUUGAUGGGGUUCUUCGAGAAGCAAAUAUGAUCAUUGUGGGAAACGAACAAUGUAAUCAGGGUUUUAAAGGAAGGGUGGUCAUGAAAGAGUCAGAAAUGUGUGCUAGAGCUGAGCGUGCUGGCAGUGGAACUUGUGAACGGGAUUAUGGUGGUCCAUUGGUCUGUGAACAAAACAGGAUUAAAAUAGUUGUGGGAGUCAUUGUUCCUGGGCGUGGAUGUGCCAAGCGACCUUCAGUUUUUGUCCGGGUGGCCUUCUACUUCAGAUGGAUACAUAAAAUCUUAAUGACAUACAGAUCAUAGCUGAAUGCUUCAUCCAAGAAAAUGAAUUCCAAUUGUGGGAACGUUUUGGGAAGUAUGAAAUCGAUGUGUAAUAACAAGUCCUCAGUUUUAAAAAAGAGAAGUACUACUACUUGAUAGUCAAGUUUUGUUGAUAUUUAUGGAUGUUCCUCGUUUUGUCUUUUGGUGUUUUUAUAUAUAUGUUGAUUUGAGCUGUGGUUAUAAGCAAGUAGGGGGACUUAUUUCCUGAAGAUACUUGAAUGGAAAAGCAAAAUUGCUGACAUACAAUUACUGGAUUAUGAUGUGUUCUGUGGAUUUAGAAUGUUUGAUUUCUUAUAUAUGCUGCUGGUUAAUUCACCCUGUCCUUGAGACAUAAAUGCCAUUUUAAUUUAAAAUGUUCCUCUUACCUAAGUUAAGCCUCUUAAUUGAUGCAUGAAUUUUUCAACUGGAAAUCUAUCAUCUCCCACUUAAAAGUUAAAUUAAUUACAUUUUAAUCUCCAACAUAAACUUAUUGCAGUUUAGAAGUCAUUAUUAAUAUCAUGUUUGUUUAAUUCAAUACACUUUUGAUGCAUGCAAGUUUGCAGGACUUCAUGGAUGGCUCAACUAGCAUGGGAUGGACUACUCCUGGCAUAUACAUGGGUCUAGGCCCAAAGCAUUCAUUGUACAGGUUCAAGGAGACUUUUUUUUUUUGCUUGUUUUGAAUAGCACAUGGGCAAACUCUGUGGAAACUGAGAUUGUGGUACAGCAUGGAAUGCCUGUUGCUCAGAGGAAACAAGUCAGAAAUCCUACUAGGUGGCCACAUUGGAUUCUGGCCAUUGUUUUGAAUUAGGGCAGAUCUUUGUCUAGAGAUCCAUAGUAGUUCUCUACAGCUCUGGGUUUGUGAAACUAAAUUUUCCAUCUCUUACACCAUGAUGGUAUUGUGUGCAUAAGCAAGAUGUGGAUUCCUACCAAACCAGUCACUCAGUUUAAAAAGCUCUUGGUUUUAAACCAGUUUGAUGAGACUAUAACCAAUGCGGGUGGAUCUACAUGAAUUGAAUUCAAUUUAACAAGGUUAUGGCUCAAGUUGUGAGAUAUUUUGAAAAUGUUAUCCUUUCCCUUUAAACACACACAUACUUAUUUACCUAGAUUCAUAAAAGUACCAGUGAAGUUCACCACUGAAGACUAAAAUGAGGCUGGAAUAGAAAAGUUUGCAUUUUUUUCUCAAGAUUUAUGUACCCUCUCUAUACUAUAUGCAGGCAUUUUGUAUUAUAUGUGCAGAUGUUUUGUUCAGUGUAAUAAAAUGAUGGUAAAAUAUUAUAAACUUCUGCUGUGCAGAAGACAAUAUAUGUUUAUAUAUAAAUAUAUAUAGGGGAGGUUGUUAGACAAUGUGUAAGGAUUUUUAAAGUAUUUGUUCUGAGCAGAAUGGAAUGAGUUGUAUGAACUUUAUAAUUAACACUUCUGUAAUUGCUUGCCUAUUAGGCCGUCUCUGGCCUUCUUCACAUAAUACUUUUCUGUCCCAAUCAUCUACUGGUUCUGAUUCACACAGAAGAAUGAAAUACAUCUAUUUACUUGAAUGGAAGACUAGGUUUACUCCCAGGAGUAUCAUCAAGAAAAAUGGGGGGAGGGGCAUUUUUGCACAUUAGGAACCAGAAUCUAAAAGGAUACUUAGGAUCAUGGCAGGAACUUGUGUUUUGAAAACAGUUUCCUGUCAGGCAUUGGUGGAACUACCGGUACAUUUUAUGUAGCUCUGUGAGUUCAAAGGUGAGCUGUUUUUUAAAGUCCCUCUGUGAUUGCAGAACUAGCCUAUGUCUUUGGAUGUAAAUGUGAAUUAAAAAAUUUUGAUUGCUGGGGACAGAAAAAUGAAUAUGUGAGUUGGCCUUGAUCUCCUUUGUGUAGUGAAGGAAUUUGAACAGCACAUAAAGGGAGAAUGAAUUGUAUUUGGCAAAGAAUUUGUGCUUCAUUUAUUCCUGUGAAUAUUUCUUGUUGGUACCAAUGGUACUUUACCUGCAAGGGUUACAAUUGCAGCACUCUCACAGGUGGACACUAUCAAGCAAGAUAUCAUUACUUGAGGUAGCUUUUCUGGUAAUCCUUAAAAAGUGCAUCAAUGGAAGAAACACUUCUUCUAUGGCUCUGGCUGCUUUAGUAGUUUAAAAUACAGAGCAGAUUCCAGAUACACAUGAGAUCCCGUUAUAUGUAAAAAAAUGGUGUGUGUUUUUGGAUUGUGUCCAUGUUAUUUUAUGGCUGUGCUAAAACUUUUCUCUAGUGGGACUUCUUAGGAUGAGAUACACAGCAAAAGGCAAAACUAAAGCUUAGUUCACACUUAAUAAGGAACUGGUUUAACUAGCCAGGAUUAAUGCAGUUGAACAUGGGGUCACCCCCUAAUUGGGGUGGAUCUAGCAAGUUUUUUUACUCAAAUGUUUCAAGUUCCUCCCUUUAUUACUACCUCCACUCCAUGUUUCAGCUUCCACAAUCCCCAACUGAGCCUUGUUGGGUGGUCAAAUGGUCUCCUAGCAUUUACUUUAGCGGAAUCCAACCCAGUGUGGUUACCUGGGCUCCAUCAAACCAGCAUCUUGAAACUAUGGUUUGAAGUUAAAUUAUUAUCUUAACUGAAGGUUUCCAUAAAAUAUGAACAUGGACAUCCUGGUUCAAAUGUAAUCUGGUCCCCAACAAUGACCUCACACACUUCCAAACUACGAAGAUGCCUGGCCAGACCAGAAUUCAACAAAGCCAGCAUAUUUCCUGCAAUAAAAUCUGGUUAUGAAUGACUUCUGGAUCUAGCCAGAUCCUGACUUCAUAAAUUAAGCAUAAUUUUUUUAAAAAGCCAUCGUUUCUGCACAAAUAUGCACUGAUUCUCACCAUUAAAAAAUACAUGAGGUUCCCACUCAAAAUGACAUUCUCAUAUUGAGUUCCCAAUGUAACUUAAAUGCUAUUGUCAUUAUCUUGCAUUUGCUGUUCCUGCAAGCAUUAGCAAUGAGAUGUAUUGGGCAGGCAAAUCUACAGCAUAAAUAAAUGGUACAUAUGUUAAUAUGGGAUGGAGAAGUCAACAUGUAGCUGCUGCUUUUAGUGGCAGCCCUGUUCUGUCUUAGCACAAAGUAUUUUUGUGCACUUGUAAUGAACAUGGAACUGUAUUAAGAUAAACAGAUAUUAGAGAAAGAAAGCACCAAGUUUUUUUGUGGAAGGUGAAAUUUUAAUUAAAUUCCCAUUGCUUGGAACCCAUUGAACUACUCUGAGUGUAGAAUUUGACUCAAAAUAUGUAAGAAGUGGUUCUAUUCUAAAUAUUCUAAGCAGUUCACAUGGUAAAAACAUAAAACACAAAAAAUAAAACAUUUAUUACUUAGAAAAAAUUAUUAAAGUAGACUUCUAAUAAUUUUAAGUUAUUAACAUUUUAUUUUUUGUGUUUUAGGUUUUUUACCAUGUGAACCAAGAGAAAUGUCAGUACAGAACUAUAUUACCUUUUACAAAAAAAAUUAUUAUAGGUCAGGUGGUCCUCUUGGGAAAAAAUGAAAAGGUUACUGGCAGGAGAGUCUGUUGAUUAUAGGACAUAUCUUGCCAUACUAAAAAUAUCCUUCCUUUUACAUGUUCAUUAGUACAUUGCUACUGUUUGGAAGGUCUUUAUAGCCUCAAUUUCUUCUUGACAGUGCCAGUCUGGUUGAAGGUUGCUGUAAAUGCAACUCUGACUUUUUCUGCAAUAUGCUUCUAUAUAAACAGAUGCCUCCUUUUAAUGCAACAGUUUUGACUUACCAAUAAUACUGUAACUAAGGGCAUCACUACCCAUUAAAGUUGGUAUUUUUGUAUCUUUAUUAUUAUUAAUAAAAUAUUUUAUCAAAA